AUUGUUAAUUCAGAAGCAUUAUAUCCUCAUUAUCAGCCCCAUUGACAGUUUCAAGCACACGCAUAUUAUCACGUUCUGCUCCGUUAAUAUGCACGCAUCAUGAGCGGUGGCGGACCGUUAUCAAAUCAGCGAAACGAUGAUGCAUUGCCAUCAACAUCCACAAAAUCUAUUACAAGCAGUGUAGCAGACACGACGACAAAGGACGUGUACACGUGGUUGCCUAACGAAACCGAAAGAAAAGCAACGAGAAGCAACGCUAGAAAUAAAAUGGAAAAUUGUAGCGCGCUUGAAUACACAAGCGAACACUUGGAGAAGGCUUUGCUUGACUUGAGAACUUCUACACAUCAAUAUCUGCAAGAAUGGGCAGGACAAUCGGUGUCUACGACGAUGGGAACUCUUCCUGGAGCAAAUCAUACAGAAACUUCUACGGAAAUAUCAUAUCCAGUGAAUCAAAAACAAGUUAAUGCUACUGUUGAAAUUAAACCAGUUGUUGAAAAUAUUAGCACGCAAAGUUCUGCAGAUAGAGUCAGGUUGAAUAUACAAACAACUACAGAUGAUUUACCACAACCUCCAAUACAACUAGAAACUGUUCCUGAAAAAAUAACUGAAGCCACUUCAGUUAUGUCUGAUGAAUCACUAGCUUUAACUGCAAGUCCUUCUAAAUCUAAACUACCAGUAUUUAAACCAGACCAAGCGAGUUCUUCGCCAUCAACUGUAAAUAUACUCGUAAAUAACAACCAAAACAAAAUUGCAAAACCAAGUCAAAAAUACUGCAACAGCAAGAUACCUCAAAGGAUGGCAAUCAAUUCAACACCUAGCCGAGAAUGCAUUCCUUCCAAGUUAACGGCGAAUAUUAAUCGAGCUCCGACUUUACGCGCAAAGAAUACUCGCUUUGUUAACAAUGACAGACAAUUACUUCAAAGCGCAUUAGCACACUCCACAGCAAACAUUCCUUUACCAUCACCAUCGGAAACUAUAGAUGUGACUUCGAAUGAAAUGCAGUUGAAGGCAGCCGAAAGUGACAAGAAAUGUAUAGAGGAGCAGAGUGGGUUGCCUACGGUACCAAUACAAACAAAAAAAGAAAUUCAAAAGGAAAACAAAGAAAACCUGCCGAUUGUUGAUAAAGUUUCAAAUAAAUUACAACAACAAACUGCUGAUUCAACAGCAAGUGCACUCAAACCAAGUAAAAGUAAUAGUGUUGAUGGUGAAAAUCAAAAAGACACAGAGGAAACAAAAAAUAUCAAAAAAGAAAAUAUUCAGAUGAAUAAAAUGGAAACAAACGUCAGUAACUUAUCAUAUAAUUUUGCAAUCGGCCGCACAGUGCAUACAACGACUGACGAUUUACAAACGGAUGCAUUCAAUCAAGCAGAAGAUAAUGAUAACAAAGACAGUUUAAAACUGUAUGAAAAACAAGUCUACAAGGAUGAACCAGUCGUUCAACUUAUAGAAGUUGAAAAUAAAUUAAACGAAAUGAAAAACGUCAAAGAAAAACAAGAAAACUUACAAGAAACAUGCGAAAAUAACAAUAAAAAAGUUGUUGAAGACAAAAAGACCGAAAAUUUAGAUCAAACUAAAAAACUCGACAAACCUGCCCCGAAAUUGAUUAAUCCUCCCGUUAAAAAUUUACCACGAGAAUCAAAAACAUGUCUAAUAGCAACACCAUCAAAAGCAGUCAUAAACAAACCCCCACCCAAAGAAGUCACAGGCUUAAAAGAAAUAAUAUUCGAGAAAUCACCUGUUUCCAGUACCAGUAAUGCCAUCCCAAAGAAACCAAUCGAAAUAAAAACACCAAAACAAGCAAAAAAAGAAGCAUGUGAAAUUCUUCAAGAAGUGUACGAAGUAAAGAAGGAAAUCCGCUUAAACGCGGAGAAUUUGAAUGAUGAAUUGGCGCACGCCGUGAAUAUAUUCAACAUAGCUCAAUCACAAAGGAUUAAUACGAUUCUCCGUAUGGCGAUGCCGUAUAAUGAUCUUAUACUUCCGGUGUUCAUUUCGUCGCCAUCAUCGAUCAUCCAAGCACUGGGAAAGGAAUUGCUUAAUACAAUUGACAUGAAAAGAAGGGCUGCGUUUUGUUUUAAUGGGAUUAUCAAUAAAAAUCAAUCUAAGAAUAGUAAAAAGUUGACAAGCAAAACGCCAAGUAAACAAUGUUUGAAAAGCAGUCAAAAUGGCGUGAGUAAUGCGAGUAAAACGGUGAAAACGACAAAAACUACUAAAACAACCAAAUCGAGUAUAACACGUAUAGAAGAACCUAGUACAACAUGUCAUGCAACAGUUAUCGGGCCACAACUCAUCGCAAAUCAUCGGGCAACGUGGGCUAAGCCACCAUUUUACUACGGAAGGUAUAAGGAAGUUUCUGCGAAAGAAUAGGCAACCAAAUGUACAUAAUUAUUUAUACCAUCUUAAGAACGUCAAUGAGGAAUGAUAAUAAUAUUGAAUACUGAUAUAGAAAUAUAAAUUUUAGUACAUUUAAAA